AUGUCGAACAAUGAGGAUGAGGAAGAAAAAAGACCAAAAGUUGUUGAAAACGCAUGGUCUCUCAAAGUACCAGAAUUUAAAAAAGAGGAUAAUCCUCAUAGAUUAUUAGAAGAAAGUUCGUUUGCAACUUUAUUUCCUAAAUAUAGAGAACCUUAUUUGCGUCAAUAUUGGCCACAAAUUCAAAAAGUUCUUAACGAAUAUGGGAUUAAGGGUGAACUAGACGUUAUAGAGGGUAGUAUGAAAGUGAAAACGACAAGGAAAACAUGGGAUCCAUAUAUAAUAAUUAAAGCAAGGGACAUGAUUAAAUUAUUGUCUAGAAGUGUACCUUUCGAACAAGCAAUCAGAGUUUUAGAAGAUGACAUUUUUUGUGACAUAAUUAAAAUAGGUUCUUUAGUUCGAAAUAGAGAAAAAUUUAUUAAAAGAAGACAAAGAAUUAUAGGACCUGGAGGAUGUACUUUAAAAUCAAUUGAAUUAUUAACUAAUUGUUAUGUUUUGGUACAAGGGCAAACAGUUGCUGCAUUGGGACCUUACAAAGGCUUAAUGGAGGUCAGAUCAAUUGUUGAAAAAACAAUGUUCAACAUGCAUCCAAUUUAUAAGAUAAAAGAAUUAAUGAUAAAGAGGGAAUUGGCUAAAGAUCCGAUAUUAAAAAAUGAAAAUUGGGAAAGAUUUUUACCAAAAUUUAAAAACAAACACUUGCCCAAAAAGAAGAAACCCAAGAACAAAAAGGAAAAGAAACCAUACACUCCAUUCCCACCACCACAAACUGAAAGUAAAAUAGAUAAACAAUUAGAAUCUGGUGAAUAUUUCAUGACGGAAGCUCAAAAACAACAAAAGAGAAAAAGAGAAAUUAACGAAAGGCACGAAGAAGCCAAAAAGAGACGAGAAGAAAAAAGAAAAUUACCUUUUAUACCACCAGAAGAAGAUAAACCUAAACCUGUUAAACAAAAACCUGAUGAUGAAUUUAAUGUUGAUGAAUUUAAACAAAAAAUUAAAAACAGUCUUAAAAAUAAAAAAGUUAAAAGAUAA